CCACACAGAAACAGAGCUUCUCCUUUUCGCUUCUCGUCUCAUUCAUCCAUCUUCCUCCUUAUGCGUCACUCUUAAAAACCUUACGAUUUCGCUAUGUCCGUCGCUCUUAACGCCGGCUUCAGUUCUCCGCUUCAUAACAGAUCCCAUCAUGUUAUAACGUUAAAGCCUUCACCUUUUCUUCCCAUCAUCUCUCUAAAUGGUUCAAGGAGGUUACUUUUAAGCAGAAGAAGAUUGGUUUUAUCUUGUGUUGAUUCAAACGACAAUUCUAGCACAACAACAUCUGUUGAUUCUCCUUCUUCAGAUUCUAGUAAACCAGCAAGUGAAUCCGUUGAAUCAGGCAACGGCUCAGCCAAAAAAGCACCAUUGACAGCACGGGAGAGAUUGAGAGCAGCUCGGGUGCUUAGCCGAUACACGGAAGCAACGCCCAAACCUUCAAAACCCAAAAUGGGAAGCCAACUCCUUGAUGUGCUCAAGGAGAGUGAUAAGAAAACAAAGAGGAAACCGGGUCUUCCCGAAGCACCAACCAACAUGCUUGAUGAUAGCAGGAGAGGGAUGCCAAAGAGCGGCCUUACCUUUGAUUUACCAGGAGGCUCGGAUAUUCUCAUCAUUGCUUUCUCCUUUGUCUUCAUAAGCACUGUGAUGUUUGCUACUACUUUUCUUGUUUGGAAACUCGGUGCCAUACACUUCAACGAAUAGGAUCUUGACAAGUUUAAUAGAAGUUGGAAACCAUCAAGCAGAGAACGAGAGAGAGAGGGUUUUGUCAGAGUGUUAGUUGAAAAUGCAUACUUGGGAAUGUUUAUCAUUUGGCAAAGCCGGCUUGAGUGUAUAUACAUAUACUGUGUAGUACACAUAAUUUUGCUAUUGAGUCUCGUCAUGCUUGAUUUGCACUUGUAAUAUUUACAUUCUAAUUUUUUUUCUAUAAAACAGCUACAGAAAUGGAUUCUCUA